UAGAUUUUAUAUAAACAGAGCGGCAAACACGUCGGCAACUAGAAUUUGGGCAUGGAUUUGUCUGUUGAACAUGGAAGAUGAUGAUGAUGAUGACUACAGCAUAGAUGCAAGUCCAACGAAGUCAAGACACAGUUGUUCCAAGCGCUCCGAACGCCUACUUAGAAGAAAAACUCGUACAGUACAAGAAAACUACGACAGCCAGACCAAGCGGGCGCCGGCAACACAAUGGCCAUGUGGGACUCAGUCAUGCCAGGACUCAGUGAGUGCCUGGGAGCUGCACGAAGAACAGCUCUUUGAAGCCGACCGCUUGGACUGCCUGCGUGCCCAACAAGAGCCAUUGCGGGUACGUGCCGUGCCUGCCUCACAGAACUUCCACUCGCUGCAGUCCAUGUUGGAGAGCCAGGAUAUGCUCAUUGAGCAAGCCUUGCCAGAGCCAGAAGCAACAGAACAGCUGCUAAGUAAACCAAGCAGCAUUGUGGUGGAAAUACUCCGUGAUUUCUGUUCGUCGCCCACAUAUGUGGAGGAGCAGCUGCCCACAGAUGAUGAUUCGCCGUGGUUUCGUUUUCGUGGCAAGAAAAUUAAAACCUUUGGUCACAAGCGCCCGACAGCAAUUGCAGCAACCACAGCUGAUGAUGAGGAUCGCUUGAGUUGCUCCUCGGAGCUAUCUGUGCAAGAGGAUAAUACCACCCAAGUGCCGACGACGACGCACUGCAACUUCGAUGUGAAUAGCUCACAGAAGAUCUGUGAAAACCUUCUCAAUUUGAGUGCAUUCUUCUCGCAAAACAAUGUUAACAAAUCAAUUGAUUUGCCCGAUAUAGAUCCCAAAAGUUGUCUAGCAAUAGAAGCUAAUGAUUACGAGCAAGAAGAUGCAACAGAUGUUGUGGAGGAUAUGGGCUACUUUCUCGGCAGCACGGAGCAAUGCAAAUUGCUUGAUGAAAACUGUGAUAUUAAAAUAGCGGAUGAACCUGAGUUUUCACUGUUUAGCGAGCGUUCUCGCUUGCUGACAAGGAAAACUCCGCUUAAGGCUGGACAAUCUCAAGAGGCAAAUUUGUGUGGGGAUUGGUUCAAAGCUGAUUUCGUUACGCAAAAGCUAAAAGUGCCUUUGGAUAAAACACAAACUAAUGAGACCACGGAAACUGAAUUGCUGGAGGGAAUUCCUUUCAGUGAAUGGCAGCCCAUGGACAUUGCACAUUCAACUAAUAAAGUAUCGAAAGCAAGUACAAAUAGAAACUCUGCCUUGGAACAGAAGCAAUUGCAAGCAACUGAUUGCAAGCAGCCGGAAUUGAUUGCAUUCAGCGAGUGGCAACCAGAUGUCACUGAGUUUCGAACUGCUUCAAGCAAACCAAUAAAAGUUUCUGAGCAGCACCAAAAGGAAGCUGGCAAAUUAAUGGCUGAUUUGGAAGCGAGCUACAUCCAGAAACCAAGCGAGGUCGUUAACGGCAGAGACUCUGCUGCUAUUCAAUUCCGCACUGCAUCAAACAAGACCAUGCAAAUAACCGAAGAGAUGCGCAGAAAAGCAGCUAUGUUGAUGGCUGACUUGGAAACAGUUGUUGGGAAUCCACCAGAGUUGCAAGAGCUACAAAUGGAUAGGAUGCCCGGCUAUCAUUCAGCGCCAAAUAAAACCCUCAAAGCGCCAAAACAAAUUCCAAAAACUGAAUUGGACAUGAACACUUCAAAGAGAGAGGAAGUAACUACGGACUGUGAAAUGCUCGAUGGGAUUCCUUUAAGCGAAUGGCAGCCCAUGGACAUACCAGACAGCAACCAGACACCUGCCGAGAGCUACGUUUGUAGCCAGUUGGAUAUGAUACCAUUCAGUGAAUGGCAGCCUAUGGAUAUUCCGGAUGCCGUUCAAUUUCGCACUGCUUCAAACAAGGCAAUCGAAGUUUCUGAGGAGCAACAGAAACAAGCUGCCAAGCUGAUGGCCGACAUAGAAGCCAGCUACUCCCAGCAAAUGGGAGCAGAUAGAAGUGAUAGAAAUCUUGAUUCUGAAGUCGAAUUUCGCACUGCAUCCAAUAAGAUCGUGAAGUUAACGGACGAGAUGCGGCAAAGGGCAGCAAUGUUGAUGGCUGAUUUGGAAACCGGAAAUUUAAGUUCCCAAGAGACAACAAAGGAGCAGUUGGAUAAAGUUCAGAGAAGUGCAAUUGACGGUUCAGAAGCGAAUCAAAAUAUCGAAUUUCGCACUGCAUCCAAUAAGAUCGUGAAAUUGACGGACGAGAUGCGGCAAAGAGCAGCAAUGUUGAUGGCCGAUUUGGAAUUUGGUCAACAGGAGGAGGAAAAGGAGCACUUGGCUAAGAUUAAGCUUAAGAAGUGUGCGUCGGGAAACAUCUCAGAAUCUGUUGACAAGUCUAGAAAACUUAUCACAGCAGAGGAUAUAGAAUCAGAAAAACGAAUUCCUGAGCCAACAUGUGAAUUUUUCGAUGGAAUCGUGCCAUUGGAGCCUGAAACCAGGAUGGGUCAGAUAACAGCAACGCCACAGCAGCCGCAGCUAGUCACACAGAAGAACUCGGAAACCUUGAAUGUGCCAUUCGAGACGCCCAAAUGCACGCCAGAGCUGCAGUCCUCGCUGACACAGCUCUCGGAGCGUUCGCCCCUGGACAAAGCGACAAAGAGCUCGAUAAUUACGCGCCGGAAUCUGUUGUCCCUGAAUAAGCGACGAAAACAGAAGCGGGAUGCAGAUAACUGCAGUGCGGAUGCUGGCCGCACGCCGAUUAGACGAUUUGCUCCAAUGGCAGCGUCAACAAGCACGCCCAUGCCCAGUCGCAAGGACAAUGUGGAGGGGGAAUCACAGCGCGUAAUGCGCGAUCGGAGCUGCUCGCAGGAAUCGCCACGCGUGCACAGGGAACGUGUGGGUAAGCGUAAGAGUGAAGAGGCGCUGUCACCCAUCUAUGCGCCUACAACUAAAACCCGACGACUCGGCUUGAGUCGCAUACGGAAUAAAUCAAACCAUGAUAUUUAAAAAACAAAUAAAAGUGCGGUACAAAAAAUACAUAUACACCAAUGUUGCAGUGCUGGCAGUGACAUUUUUUA